UUCCAUUAGACUUCAUUUUGGACAUUCAUGCAUUCGACUUUAAACAGUCGCCUGUUUCACAAUUGGUAUCACCACAAACCUUAAAUGAGGAUGAUGCAGAAAAUGGACAUGGCCAUAACCACGAUCAUAUUGAUGAGGAGGUUAAAACCAUAUGUUUAACUGAAUUCCCGUCACCUACCAUUGAUUUGACCAAAAUAGAGCAAUGGAUUCAAUGUUUGUUAUGGGAGAAAAUUGUUCCAACAUAUGACACUACAUCAUGCCAAACUAAUCCUCAAAUAACAAUUUUAAGGCUUAAGAGUAUUUUAACACCGAAUCAUGAUCUAAAAUCGCGUGUUGUCGUGCAAGGGGUUCAAGAGUUGUACGAUUUACAAUACAUUCCUAGUGAUAUAAGUGAUUUAGAUGAAUCUGAAAGUACUGGGAAUAAAGUAAUGGUAAAAGACAAG